AUGGUUAAUGGAGGUGGGUUACGUUCAGUUGAAAUGUGGAUAACCAAGCAGCAGCUUUUCAUAGUAUUAGGACGUGAGUUUGAAUCAUCGGUUGGAUCGGUUGACAUGCUUCUAAGACUCUUGAGUAUACCGAAUGGUCCCAUGUUUCGUUCAAACUUCCUAUUCAGAGUAUGGAGGGAAUGCUUCCUAAUGCGCGUUGUGGAAAGCGUCCUUUGGAAGAACCAACAAUUCUGUCUUGGAGCGUUUGAAAUCCACAUGGGCCAGUUGAAUAUUCAACGCAGUAUUAUAUUUGUAAAAACAGUGGAUAAAUCUUGCCUAAACAUUGAUAAACAAUAUAUCUAA